CACUGUGACCCCUCACGCCUGUUGCUGUCCCACUCACUCAGGACCAGUGAGUGUGUGUGCCCCGUGCUGCAGAUCCCGGGUCGUACCGUGCUCCGGCGGCAGAGCUCGGAAGAUUGGAAGGUUAACCAGGCUUAGAGAGAAGCUUGUUCCAUGACUCGGGGCCCGUCACCAUGGCAUACAGAUCACGCUUUUCAUUCUGGGAGACUAAGGUUAAAGUUGAGAACAAGCCAGAUUCGGAUGUGGAGAGUAGUCAGCCUCAGGCAGACACCAAACCUGGGCUGGACACAGGAAGUGGUCCACAGUUGACUGCAUCAACAGCUGAGGCGUCCAACAGUAACGUUGCCAUGGUCGGCCCAGACGAGGAGCAGAGUUCCAGCGGUAAAAAGGUGGUGAAGGUGGUGAGAAGGGUUGUUAGACGUGUGGUUCCUGCCGGGACCGAAGAGCAGAACCAGCCGGCUGUUCCCCUGUUGGCCAAGGCUGUGCCCAAAACCACCAGGGCUGCUGGGGUGGAUAAGGACGAUAUCUCCAUGGGCCUGACCAGCCUCAUGGGCCGCAGUCGAACCAAGGAGCACCGGCCUCGCACCCGCACCCAAGACCGCAAAGAGGACGAGAAGGAGGAGGUGGCGCAGGAGGAUGAGAAAGGAAAGGUUGAGGAAGAGGAGGAGAUACCCUCAGUGGAAACACCAGAGGAGGCCCCAGCACCCACUGCUCCAGCACCAAACCCUGCACCGCCAAAGUUGAACCCCCUCGCUCCUCCAGCUGGGUUCAUCCCUGCACCCAAGCCGGACCCUUUGGCCCCGCCGGCCGGUUUCAUCCCGGUCUCCAGGCAGAAUCUCUUGUCUCCUCCGCCGGGGUUCAUUCCUGCCCGGAAGCCCAGUCCGGUGCCGCCGAAACAGACUCCCCUGCCGAGAGCUCCCGGAUUCGUCCCCAUCACAAAGACGGACCCCCUGGCUCCUCCUGCCGGGUUCAUCCCGAAGCCUCGUGUAGUGGCGGUGAAGAAACCGGAGGUAACUGAGACAUCCCCCCCCCCUGUGGCCCCCACUGGUAAACCGUCCCCUGUUGCUGUGCCUCAGGCCCAGUCUGCACCAAAUGGCGUGAAGGUCCCAGAGCUGAUUCCCACCGAGCAAGACUACAAGCGUGUGAGGAGGAUCUUCAACGCCACCGGCAAUGAUCGUGCCAGAGGCCACAAAUCCUGUCAGUCCAAGCUGGUGGAAGACCCCGUGGCCAUCCUUCAGGCGGCGCACUCGGCUGCGGCAAAGGGAAAGACCGAGGAGCAGAUAACAGCAGAGAGAGUCUGGUACAACACCGAGAAAGUAUGGCUCGUCCACAAGGAUGGAUUUUCAUUGGCAACUCUCCUGAAGACAGAGGCGGGCAGUCUGCCAGAGGGGAAGGUGAAAAUCCGCCUGGAGAGUGACGGAUCUUUAUUGGACGUGGAUGAGGACGAUGUGGAGAAGGCCAACCCUCCGAUGUUUGACCGAGUGGAAGACCUGGCCUCGCUGCAGUAUUUGAACGAGUCGAGCGUGAUGCACUCCCUGCGGCAGCGCUACGGCGGCAACCUGGUGCACACCCACGCCGGGCCCAACAUGGUGGUCGUUAACCCCAUCAGCAACCCCUCCAUGUACUCGGAGAAGGUGAUGCAAAUGUUCAAGGGCUGCAGGAGGGAGGACACCGCCCCUCACAUUUACAGCAUGGCCCAGGCCGCCUAUCGCAACCUGCUGACAACUCGCCAGGAUCAGUCCAUUGUGUUGCUGGGCAAGAGUGGCAGUGGCAAGACCACCAACUGUCAGCACAUCAUCCAAUAUCUGGUUACCGUCACCGGCAGCACCAGCAAAACCUUUUCCACUGAGAAGUGGCAGGCAGUCUACACCGUUUUGGAGGCGUUUGGAAAUGCCUCGACGUGUAUGAAUGGGAAUGCAAGUCGCUUCUCUCACAUUGUUUCCUUGGACUUUGACCAGGCGGGCCUGGUGACCUCAGCCUCUAUCCAGACGAUGCUUCUGGAGAAGAUGAGGGUGACAAGGAGACCAGAGGGAGAGUCCACUUUUAACGUCUUCUACUACCUGAUGGCCGGGGUCGACAGCUCUCUUAGGACCGAGCUGCACCUCAACCACUUUGCUGAAAACAAUGCAUUUGGAAUCAUGCCUCAGACAAAGACUGAGGACAAGCAGCGGGCCUCGCAGCAGUUCUCCAAGCUGCAGGCAGCCAUGAAGGUCCUGGGGAUCAGCGGCGACGAGCAGAGGGCCUUCUGGCUCGUCCUCGGGGCCAUUUGCCAUCUCGGAGCCGCAGGAGCUACCAAGGCUGGCAGGAGACAAUUUGCACGUCACGAGUGGGCCCAGAAGGCGGCCUACCUGCUGGGCUGCACCCUGGAGGAGCUCUCCUCCUCCAUCUUCAAGCACCAGGCCAAGGGCACCCUGCCCAGAGCCAGCGCCGCCCGCCAGGCUUCUGAGGAGAACGGCACAGCGGAUGCAGGAUCCAAGGCUACAGCCAUGGAGUGUUUGGAGGCUCUGGCAUCUGGGCUCUACUCUGAACUUUUCACUAUCCUCAUUUCUCUGAUAAACCGGGCCUUGAAAUGCAGCCAGAACUCCCUGUGCUCCCUGCUCAUUGUGGACACGCCAGGCUUUCAGAACCCCAGGCUGGCGAAGCGCGAGUGCGGCGCCACCUUUGAGGACCUCUGUCACAACUACACUCAAGAGCGUCUGCAAGCUCUCUUCUACCAACGCACCUUCGUCCAGGAGCUGGAGCGAUACAAGGAGGAGAACAUAGAGCUCGCUUUGGAUGACACAGAGCCCAGCACAUCUCUCUCUGUAUCAGUGGUCGACCAAGCCUCCAGCCAAGCUCUGGUACGGACAGUUCGAACAGACGAGGCGCGGGGCCUGUUGUGGCUGAUGGAGGAGGAGGCGGUGCAGCCCGGGGGAUCAGAGGAGACGCUGCUGGGUCGUCUCUUUAGCUACUAUGGACCUGCCGAGGGGGAGAGUAAAGGUCACACCUUCCUCUUGAAGAGCGAGAAGGAAAACCAUUUCCUGUUGGGGCACAGUCAUGGGACCGACUGGGUGGAGUACAACGUCUGCGGAUGGCUCAACUACGCCAAACUGAAUCCUGCCUCGACCAACGCCACCAGCCUCCUGCAGGACUCCCAGAAGAAGAUCAUCAACUCGCUGGUCAUGGGGCGAUCAGGUGGAGCCACUGUUUUGUCCGGUUCCAUCGCCGGUCUCGAGGGCGUCUCCCAGCUGUCCUUGCGACGGGCCACCAGCAUGAGAAAGACCUUCACCACAGGGGUGGCUGCGAUCAAGAAGAAGUCCUUGUGCAUCCAGAUAAAGCUUCAAGUGGAUGCUCUUCUUGACAUGGUGCGGAGGUCCAGGAUUCACUUUGUUCACUGCAUACUGCCCAAGGCCGAUGCCCUGAAGGCUCUGAGCGGAUCCCUGUACAAAGCAGGGGAAAGCGAGGCUCAAGGAGAGAGUGGAGAUCCGGGCCUAAUGCAGCUCGAUGUGGCCUUGCUGCGCGCUCAGCUGCGCGGCUCCAAGCUGCUUGAUUCUCUCCGGAUCUACAGGCAAGGUUACCCCGAUCACAUGGUGUUCUCCGAGUUCCGGCGGCGAUUCGACGUGCUGGCGCCGCACCUCACCAAGAAGCACGGCAGGAAUUACAUCGUGAAGGACGAGAGGAGAGCUGUGGAGGAGCUCCUCGAGUCCUUGGAUUUGGAGAAGAGCAGCUACCACAUGGGUCUGAGCAGGUUGUUCUUCAGGGCUGGCACUCUGGCUAAGCUGGAGGAGCAGAGGGAUGAGCAGACCAAGCGCAAUAUGACCCUGUUCCAAGCGGCCUGCAGAGGCUACCUGGCACGGCAGGCCUUCAAGAAGAGAAAGGUUCAGGAUCUGGCAAUCCGCUGCAUCCAGAAAAACAUCCAGAAGAACCGUGGUGUGAAGCACUGGCCCUGGUGGAAGCUCUUCACUACAGUCCAGCCGCUUAUCAAGGUCCAGCUCACCGAGGAGCAGAUGCGAGGCAAAGACGAGGAGAUGCAGCUGCAGAAGUCCAAGCUCGAGAGGAUGGAGAAAGAGCGAAAUGAGCUGAGGCUGAACACGGAUCGAUUGGAGAGCAGGAUUGCAGACUUGUCGGCGGAGCUCGCAGACGAGAGGAGCACGAGUGAGUCGGCAUCGCAGUUGCUGGAGACGGAGACUUCAGAGAGACUCCACCUGGAGAAGGACAUGAAGGAUCUGCAGGCCAAGUUUGACGCCAUGAAGAAGCAAUUAGAGUCGCAGGAAAUGGAGGUGAUGGAAGCUCGCCUCAUGAAGACGGCCGAUCUCAACGGGGAGAUGGACAGCGACGAUGAUGCUGGAGGCGAGUGGCAGAUAAAAUACAACAGAGCCAUUCGGGAAAUGGAGUUCACCAAGAAGAAACUCCAGCAGGAGUUUGAUGAAAAGCUGGAGACAGAGCAGCAGAGCAAGCGACAUGCUGAGAGGAGGUUGGCUGAUCUGCAGACAGAUAAUGAGGAUGUGCAGCGCUCUGUGCAGCAGCUGAAGAAGAAGUGCCAGAAACUGACGGCGGAGCUGCAGGAUACCAAGCUUCACCUGGAGGGACUGCACAGCCGCAACCACGAUCUGGAGAAGAAGCAGAGGAAAUUUGACAUGGAGCAGAACCAGUCCCAGGCUGAGGUGCAAAGAGAAAGGAGCCACAGGGAGAAACUGGCUCGAGAGAAAGACAUAAUGACUGGUGAGAUGUUUAACCUCCGCCAGCAGCUGCAGGACAAGGACGGCGAGUUGUGCGCCACAAAUAUGAAGGUGCAGCAGCUGGAGGCUGAGCUUCAGGACGUGUCCUCCCAGGAGUCCAAGGAAGAAGCCUCUCUGUCCAAGGUCAAGAAGCAGCUUCGCGACCUUGAGGCAAAGAUGAAAGACCAGGAGGAGGAGCUGGACGAGCAGGCCGGAAGCAUCCAGAUGCUGGAGCAGGCAAAGCUGCGGCUGGAGAUGGAGAUGGAGAGACAGCGGCAGACCCACUCCAAAGACAUCGAGAGUAAAGACGAAGAAGUGGACGAGAUCAGGCGAUCCUGCAGUAAGAAGCUGAAACAGAUGGAGGUGCAGCUGGAGGAGGAGUACGAGGACAAGCAGAAAGUGCUACGCGAGAGACGAGAGCUGGAGUCCAAACUGCUCACCGCCCAGGACCAGGUGAGCCAGAGGGACGUGGAGACUGAGAAGCGGCUGAGGAAAGACCUGAAGAGAACCAAAGUCCUUCUGGCUGAUGCACAGAUUAUGUUGGACCACCUGAAGAGCAACGCCCCUAGCAAGAGAGAGAUCGCCCAGCUCAAAAAUCAACUGGAGGAGUCGGAGUUCACCUGCGCGGCGGCGGUGAAGGCUCGAAAGAGCAUGGAGCUGGAAAUAGAGGACCUGCACAUCCAAAUGGAGGAUGUGGUCAAAUCUAAGAUGUCGCUGGAGGAGCAGCUCAGCCGGCUCCAGAGAGAGAAGAACGACCUGCAGUCUCGCAUGGAGGAGGAUCAGGAGGACAUGAAUGAGCUGAUGAAAAAACACAAGUCUUCAGUCGCCCAGUCUGCCAGGGACUUGAGCCAGAUCACUGACCUGCAGGCCCAGCUGGAAGAGGCCACAAAGGAGAAGCAGGAGAUCCAGGAGAAGCUUCACUCCGCGCAGAGCCAGCUCGAGUUCCAAGAGCAGUCCAUGGUGGAGAAGUCCCUGGUGAGCCGCCAGGAGGCCAAGAUCCGCGAGCUGGAGACCAAGCUGGAGUACGAGAGGACACAGAUCAAACGCCUGGAGAGCCUGACGGGUCGCCUGAAGGAGAACCUCGAAAAGAUGUCGGAGGAGCGAGCCCAGUACGUCGCUGCGGAAAACAGGGAGAAGGAGCAGAACAAGCGAAUGCAGCGGCAGGUGCGGGACAUGAAGGAGGAAACGGCCGAGCUGUCCAAGAAGGAGGGCGAGGCGAGCCGGAAGAAGCACGAGCUGGAAAUGGACAUCGAGAGCUUGGAGGCGGCGAAUCAGAGCUUACAAGUGGACCUUAAGCUGGCCUUCAAGAGGAUAGGCGACCUGCAGGCUGCGAUCGAGGACGAGAUGGAGAGCGACGACAACGACGACUUAGUCAACAGUCUGCAAGACAUGGUGACAAAAUAUCAGAAAAGAAAGAACAAAACCGGGGAUGAGACAGACACCGAUUCAGAGGUGGAGGACCGGGUGGAUGGAGUGAAGUCUUGGCUUUCGAAGAACAAAGGCUCCACCAAGACGCUGUCAGACGAGGGAAGCCUGAAAAGCACCAGAUAUUCCGCAAAUGCAGAUGCCAAGGAGGUAAAAGAAGGUAAGGAGAAGAUGAGUGACAUCAGUAAAGAUGGGAAAGAAGCAGAGCAGAGCAGAUCUGUGUCUGUCAUGAGCUCCCUGAGCUACAGGAAGCGCGCCAACCUGAAAGACUCCAUCGGGGGAACAGGUGAUGAGAACUUCCUGUUUAGCACUCUCAAAGAACAGCCUGACGCGCCAGACCACGCCUCAAUCCGUAAAGCCAAGUCUAGGUCUGGAGAGCUGCAGGACGAUAGGAGGAAGAGCCAGGCGCAGGAAGACUUGGACGACAAAGGCUCUGUCAUCUCCAUGGCCUAUUCGGAGGCCACGAGCAGAGCCAGGAAGGGCCUGGAGUCCCGCUGGACCUCCCGGACCAGCCCCGAUUUUGAUAAGGAGUCCAUGGUGUCAUCUGUGGCUCCCAGCAGGUUGUCCACCAGGAGGAGCAUGUUGGACAUGGAUGAUGACAAUAAAUCAACUAUCAGUAGUGUGAGCCGCACUAGCCCCAGAUCACUACAUCGCAGCACUUCUUGGAAAGAUGAUAGGAGGAGUAGCUCCCGCUUGUCCCUGGCCCGCAGCUGCGGCCUCAGUGAAUUUGGCCUGAAUGUUCGUGACGGUGAGGAUGAUGACGAUGAUGCCAAAAGCAUAGCUUUUAGUGAAGGGGGGACUUCAGCUUACAGUCCUCGAUCCACAAGUCGCAGCUGUUCUACCCCAGCUCAACCACGGUCCUCAAGCAGCAACCCAACAGAUCUCUCCGACAUUAAAACAGUCACCCACCGCAACUACUUAGAUCCCGACCUUGAGGCUGCCAUCAAUGAGGUGCUGAGCUUCAAACCCAUUAAAUUCAAGCGCAGCAAACUUGAUGACUCAAGCGAUGAGGAGGAGGAGGAUGAGAAGAAGGUGCCAGGCAGUGAGAGGGGAGAAGACGAGGGGCUCGGCUGCAGCUCAUCCAGCGUGCGGCGCUCCGCAUCAGGCUCGGCUGUGGACUACGGCAGCCGGCCUUCCAGUACCCUGAGUGCCAGCAGAGCCCGCAGUCGCAAAGACAAAAAGAGUAGAGCCUCUCCAUCAGAUGACUCCUCCUCAGACGAUCGUCACAGCAGAAAGAGCUCAAGGAGGAAGAAGGACAAGAAGUCCAAGAAGAGAUCGAGUAGGAAGCAGAGCGAGUCCGAGGAUUCCUCUUCUUCCUCAGAGUCAUCGGAUUCCUCCUCCUCCUCCUCCUCCUCCGACUCCACCAUCUCCUACCGCAGCUCCAGCAGUGUCAAACGGGCCAAAAAACACCCGUCUGAUGAUGAGGCGGCAGGGCGUGGGCCAACUGGCAAGAAGGAAUCCAAGAAGAAGCAGAAGAAAGUGGACAACACGGUGAUGAAGUAUCUCUACAAGCCUGACAGUGACUGAUACCAACAGUAAGCCCUCCCGUGUACCGGAGACACCUGGGCGCUGGCAGAUCGGAUGAAGAAGACGAGGCAGACAGAGGCUCCAGCAGGCAGUCACUGGGGCAGAGAGACAGCGAUGGCUUAUUGGCAGAGAGCGCGACGUAACCCGGAGGCG